ACGAUCGUGAAGUGUCACACUAGUGUCAGGGUUUUUUGUUUUAAACGAAAUAAUAAUAUUCUAGUGAUAUUUAUAGAUGUAAAAAAGGAAGUUGUAAGUUCGUCGUGCUCAAAAAGUGCCCGGGUUGUUAGAUCAAAAAGUGUUUUGUGGCAAAUCAUGGCAAAAACCUACGAUUAUUUGUUUAAAUUACUGUUAAUAGGUGACUCGGGAGUUGGGAAGACUUGCGUUCUCUUCAGGUUUUCAGAAGACGCUUUCAAUACAACCUUUAUUUCCACAAUAGGUAUCGAUUUCAAAAUAAGAACAAUAGAUCUAGAUGGGAAAAAAAUAAAGUUACAGAUAUGGGAUACAGCUGGUCAAGAAAGGUUCAGAACCAUCACAACUGCAUAUUACCGAGGAGCAAUGGGUAUAAUGCUUGUAUAUGACAUAACUAAUGAAAAGAGUUUUGAAAACAUCAAGAACUGGAUCCGAAAUAUUGAGGAGAAUGCCUCAGCAGACGUAGAAAAAAUGUUGUUAGGAAACAAAUGUGAGCUGGAGGAAAAAAGACAAGUUUCAAAGGAGAGGGGAGAACAACUUGCUAUUGAAUAUGGUAUUAAAUUCAUAGAGACUAGUGCUAAAGCCAGUAUUCGUGUUGAGGAUGCCUUUUUCACAUUGGCUAGGGACAUCAAAGCAAAAAUGGAGAAGAAAUUGGAAGCUAGCAAUCCUCCCAAAGGCGGUCACCAACUGAAAGCAUCCGAACCCACAAAAAAAUCUUCAAGUUGGAUUUCCAGAUGCACCAUACUUUGACAAAUUGCUGUAGUGGUUCAAUGCGUAACAUUCAACACAUUUUCGCCCUUUAACGAAAAAUGCCAAUGCGCCACGCCACUCUACCUUACGUAAUAAUAUGGCGUAGUCCGUUAAAUUAUCUGACAUGCCUGACCACUCUUGAUCAGGGUAGUUUUUCUUGUUAUUUCAAACUGCUGAACAUACAUGAGGUGUUCCACCAGAACAUUUUUGGCAGUGCAAGUAUGCCAACUUCAGACAAUUUGGGUCUUUUUGCUUUUUGAAAAGUGCAGGAUGCGCGAACCUCACGAAACAAAUAUUUUUCUUAUUGUCUCUCUCUAAACACUUUGAAUUUUGCAACUACAGAAAAUGGAUAUUUUCAAGGAGUUUCUGAAAUAGCUAUCGUUCAGUGAAAGAGUAAUUAUACAGGGUGUUGCGAAAUCCGACCGACAACGCUUGACGGGUGAUAGCCCUCGUGAUUUUAUAGGGACAUACGUUCUCCAAGUGUUCAGUUCUCGAGAUACAGGGCGUUGAAGUUGAGAAAUCAAAAUAGGUUUCUCGCAAUAUCUCAAGAAAAAUUGAAUAUAAUGCAUUCAAGUUCGGUAUAUGGGUUCAUCUUUCAAUGGUUAAUUUUUUGACCAGAAAGACAUUCCGAGAAUUUUACCCAGAGGUGCGCUACAGAGGGUUGUGAUAACUUUUCUUCCCAUAUUUUCUACGCCACUGAUGAAAUUUCGACUAUUUCCAAUUUUUUGAAUUGAUUGUUCAAUUAUGUUGGAAAACUGCAUCACCUUCAACUGAGCUAAAAUGAACAGUUAUCGAGAUAUUUGACCCAAAAUAGAAGUUUGCAUAGUAAUUUUUCAUCUUUUGCAGUAGUAGAAGAUUACAAAAAUUUUCUUUUUAUGCGUGGAAUGACUAUUUCUGUUCAGCUACAUAAUGAGAUCUGAAUAGUAUCUAAUCUACUCAACACCAGAAAAAUAUUUUUGCAAUUUUCUACUACUAAAAAUGAUGAAAUAUUACUAUGCAAUUUUCUAUUUUGGGUCUAAUAUCUCGAAAACUGUUCAUUUCAGCUCAGUUGAAGGUGAUGCAUUUUUUAACAAAAUUGAACAAUGAAUUCGAGGAAUUGGAAAUAAUUGAAAUUCAACAAUGGCGUAGAAAAUAUGGGAGGAAAAGUUGCUACACCCCUUGUAUGGCACUACUGGAUAAAAUGUCCGGAAUAGCUUCCUGGUCAAAAAAUUACCCAUGCUAAGAUGAAACCAUAUACCGAAGUUGAAUGCAUUAUAUUCAAUUUUUCUUGUGAUAUUGUGAAACAAAUAUUUUUAUUUCUUAACUUUAACGCCCUGUAUCUGACAUAACAUACUAUCUAAACCGCUCUACGCGUAUGACAUAACAAUCGCAAAAGCUUAUUGAAAUGGCUCGUCUGAAAACGCUUCUGUGCAAGUCGUGCAAGUCACAGACGAAUCCAAACUGUUAUUCAUAACAUCGACUCAUGUCACAAUUUUUGGAAACAUGAAGAAGAGCAAAAUAUAUGACAGGUCCUAAAUACUUCAUGGUCUCCAGGUCGAUAUUGUGAUUGGAUGAGCAUUUGUUUUAUGACGUUAGCGGUCUAGAUACUAAAAUGUAUUGUGGUCAAAGAUCUGAUCAUUCGAUAGUUAUAUUGUAGUGUUCUGAUGUAGUGCACUUCCUCUCACGUCUGAACAAUAUAAUUGAUCUAUUUCAAGCCAUCGUGUUUCCUCAUGGAGAACUGGAUCUCUUGCAAUGAAGGCUCUAAACUUAUUACACUGAAAGCCAUGUUGCAGCCAUUCAUUAUUUGAAGUGGUGCUAAAACCUAGUCUGACAUCGAGGCUAAUAGAUAUGAACUGAUUACAAUCCCAAUAAAGUUACCCGUGACCUGUGAGACGACUAGCUGAUCCAACUGCCAAAGAAAAUUGGAUCACUAUUCUGACAUUUGAAAAACAAUUGAAUAUGUAUUCAGCUGAUUGUGUUGCAAACUUUCGAGAAAUCCAUUGAUGCCAUAUUCGCCUAAGGAAGUUUAGCAGAAAAUCACCAUUAUCUAAACACCAUUAGAAUUUGCCAGUUGCAAUUCGACAGGAAGGGUAUUUUGGCAGUGACAUCAUGCGUCAUCAUGCACUGACGAGAGACCACUCAAAUGUGAUGUUUGUCAAAGGGAGUUUAACCAGCAGAAUAAUUUGACUCGCCACCAAAGAAUUAACAACAGUAAGAAACCUUUCGAAUGUGAUGUUUGUAAAAAAAAAUUACCAGUAAGAAUGGUUUCACUCAACACAAUAGUUCAUAUAUGCGAAAAAUUUCUCGAAUGUGGACUUUGUCGAAAAAAAUUGCCAUUAAGACUGGUUUGACUCAGCAGAUGACUGCCUACUGGCGAGAAACCGUUCGAAUGUGAUUUUUGUAAUAAAUAGUUUACACAGCAGCAUAUUUUGACUCGCCACCAAAUAAUUCACACUAGCGAGAAUCCUUUCGAGUGUGAUUUUUGUGAGGACACUUUUUUUCAGUAAGAAUGGUUUGACUAAUCACAUGAGUGUUCAUACUGGCGGGAGACCGUUCGAGUGUUUUUUUUUUGUCAAAAAAAAUUCUCCAUCAAGACUUUGACUUAACAUAUCAGAUUACAUACUAGCGAGAAACCGUUCGAAUGUGAUUUUUGUAAAAAAAUACGCCAUGAAGACUAGAUUAACUAAUCACAUGAGAGUGUAUACAGGCGAGUAUGACUUUUGUUGAAAAAAAUACUCCAGUGUGGUUUAUUUGACUUCACACAUUACAGUGCAUUCUGUCGAGAAAUCGACUGAAAAAGUUCAAUUUGAAACGUCAUUUUACAAGUCACAGUAAAACUCGUCAUAGUGGGAUACUUUCAGAAAUAAAUCUGAGCCCAACAAAAUGUGCUGUUAAAUAAUAAUUAUGAUUCUAGCGAGCACCGUCCUUCUGAAACACCAAUAGAAACUUCUUUCAUUGAUAAAUUCAGUACAAGCAGAAGAUGUUGAUGAUACUUUUAGAAAAUACAUGUGACAAUUUGUUAAAAUCGAGAAGAAAGAAGAAGAAACCAGCGUUUGUUGAGGGACAUUUGAUGAAAGUUAGGAUAUUGCGGGAUAUAGUUUCUGAGGAUUGUAAAAUAAAAUAGUAUUUCGGAUUUACUCUCAUGUAUUUUACAGGCGUUUUGAUAAAUUUUUAAUUUUGAGUAUGACAAUCUUGAGAUCUGGGUUUUAGUGGACCUAUCCAUGUGUUCAGCAGUUUGAGUGUUGGUCGAACUUUUUAUUGGGAUUUUUGGUAAUCGGGACGACAAAUUGAGGCAUGUCGCCUAAUUUUGAUACAUACUUUUUGUGAUUUAAGGGUAAAUUUUUUUUACCAAUGUAUUUGUAGGAAUAUUUAUAAUAUUUUAAAUGUGCACAUGUUCAUAAAUAUAUUUCGUGAGCAGGAAAUUGAGUGUAAGAAAAUUCUAUGUAUUUACCUAAUAUUUCAAGAAGUGGACCAAGAAAUAGAUAUGAUUGAAUAAAUCAAAAUAUAUUUUGAUUGUUCACUGCAUAGUUUCAUUAAAUGAUUGAUAUUAAUUUUCCUGCUUUAGAAAUGUUGCCUUAAUAUUGUUUUGAGCUUGAGUUUUUCGUUGUGACAGUAUAUUUUGGCCAAACUAUUCUGUUCAUUUUAUUGUAAAUAAAUUCAAUGUACUGACAGUGGUUGUAUUUUCUGUUUUGAUUAUCUAAGGUAGGUAAAUGUAACUGAUGUAUAGUCAAUAAAAUUGUUUAUUCUUUCAUCUGGACUCUACUUAAGUACAGGUAUUUUGGUUGAAUAGGACAGAUUUUUUUUUUUCAAAAAUAACAUUCCAUAACAUUAAGAAACCAAUAUCAAUAUUGAACCUGAUCUUUGUGAAUUUUGCAUAAUUAUGUGUACCAAUUUUUCAAUCCUUGACCUGAACUUGUGGAGUUUGAAUUUUGUAUUUUGUACAUUUAUAUGACAAAAUCACAACUUUGUAUCAACUUUCUUGAACGCCUUUGAGUUAUAGUUUCACAAAAAUAAGUGU